GGUCAGAAGCAGCCAAAUGCGUAUAAAUACGCCGGCACGCAACACCUAUGCUAUCUUAAUACCAACCGCAAACCGAGAGCAAAGAGCCAAAGAUCAGAGACCCAGACGAAAGAGAGAAAGGGAGGAAGAGGCAGAGCAGUCGUCCGGGAGAGGAAAGACAGGAGAUAUUAUUCAGGUUUCUUGAGCGAGAAACGGUAAUGGGGAGGGGUGUUCUUGAGGUGCAUCUCGUCGACGCCAAGGGCCUCUCCGGCAGCGAUUUCCUAGGGAAGAUAGACCCGUAUGUGAUCGUGCAGUACCGGAGCCAGGAGCGCAAGAGCAGCACCGCCCGAGAUCAGGGGAGGAACCCGGCCUGGAACGAGGUGUUCAGGUUCCAGAUCAACUCCUCCGCGGCCAACGUGCAGCACAAGCUCUUCUUCCGGAUCAUGGACCACGACAACUUCUCCAGCGACGACUUCCUCGGCGAAGCAUCGGUGAACGUGACCGAUCUGAUCAGCAUAGGCAUGGAGCGCGGCACGUCGCAGCUGAACGCGGCCAAGUACAGCGUUGUCACCGCCGACAACUCGUACCACGGCGAGAUCAGAUUUGGCAUCACGUUCACCGCCGCCAAGGUCGAAGAAGAUGGGGGAGCGGUUGGAGGCUGGACGAACAGCUAUCGCGAGUAGAAGAACAUGCAUGUGACGGGAAGCAAGGAUUCCCAGCCGGCCGGUCGCGUCGUCCUUGGGUAGUAGUAGUAGUGGAGCCUGGAUGUUGCCUGAUUGAUGCGAUUCCAAGUUGUAUGUACUUUGCAUCUGCAGCUCGAUCUUUAGAUGUGUAUAGUCAGAACAGCUUAAUUAGCUUGUCGUCGUCAGAUUCGUUUAAUUAUGAUUCCGAUUGUUUUGAAACAACAAAUAGACCUGUCCAUUGCUGAA